CAGCAUUUUCGCUCCGGCUCUGGUACCAGCUUUCAAAGUGAACCAGCCCUGGUACCAUUCCGCCCAUCGCGACAUCAUGGCUCCGUUGCUACUCUUCUUGGCUCCUUUCUUGGUGGCGGCUCAGAGGCCAGACUCCCUUUCUCAAACCAUGGAGCUUGCUGCUUCUCGCAAUCUACGUGGUUACAAAGAUGUUGAAUGCACCGGCGACGGCUCCUUCCCCGAAGGUGCUCCCCUUUGCUAUGGUGGCGAAUUGCUGGUUCAGAAGUUCUCUAUUAAGGUCCUAAGUCAUGACAGCAAUGGCGGAACUGUUGACAUGCAGAUGCAAGGACCCACCACCGGGGCCUGUUCCGGAGCUGCCUUCCAAAACGACGGCAACGACAUCACCAUCGCCGACUCCAACGAGUGCAAUCUGGGAGAUUCUGAGUACACCGUGAAGUUCUGCCCAGAUCAGAAUCAGUUCCUGAUCAACAUCGUAAAGCCUUGGAGGGUGGAAGUGGUCCUGGAGAACCGGGAGUGUACCACUGAAGAGCAAACCUUCCUGCCCUGAGUGCCGUUUGUUCCAUACCUGACCUUGCGACUUUUGCAGCUGGCAAUGACCGGCUCAAUGCCGCUGGGUGUGUCCAAACAUGGGCUACCACCAAAAAGGUCUAUGUAAG